AGCACAGAGGGACAGACCGAGGCAGACACACUGAUAAAACUAUUAAUCCACAACAUUAAUAUGGAAAGAAACGACUAUCUGUUCAAGUACCUGCUUAUAGGAGAUUCUGGGGUAGGGAAAUCUUCUUUGUUACUACGGUUCGCGGAUGACGUAUUUUCAGAAACAUACAUCUCUACGAUAGGAGUAGAUUUCAAAAUCCGCACAGUUAACCUUGAAGGCAAAACUGUCAGGUUACAGAUAUGGGACACGGCGGGACAGGACCGAUUUAAAACUAUCACCUCGUCUUUUUACCGCGGAGCUCAUGGCAUCAUGCUUGUCUAUGAUGUUACUGACAUGCAAUCUUUCCGACAUGUUAGAGAUUGGAUUCAGGAGGUUGACAAGUACGGGGGUGGAGAUACUACAAUGAUUCUUGUGGGGAACAAAUCUGACAUGAACAGUAAACGGCUGGUGACAUAUGAUAUGGGCAAGGAAUAUGCUGAAAGUCUUGGGAUUUCUUUUGUCGAGACCAGUGCAAAAAGUUCCACAAAUGUCGAAUCUCUAUUUGUGACAAUGGCAUCCGAAAUAAAAAACCAGAUUGUUGAGGGGAAAUUGGACACCACUGGCAGUGGAACAGUUAUCGUUCGGAACAGUUCACCAGUAAACCAGAAAUCGUCGUGGAAAUGUUGCUGAUGAGAUACAGAAAGGAAUGGAACAUGAUGAUACUGAUACAACCCAACACAACUUCUGAAGAAGUCAUUUGUAUCAAGGGUGUUGUCUUGAUACGGUAGUGAUGUAGGGCUAUCCAAAAUUGUAUAAUAAUAGUGUAGAAGUUCAUGUAUAUCACUCAUUGUUGCAAGGAUCCUGUCAAAAGGAUAUCCAGUAAAGGUCGUUUGAUGGAUGUGACGUCAGUCUACACACUCUGUAAGUGUAAAGUAUCAUUUUGUAACAUACUCUGUAGUAGUAGAUGCAAGGUCACCUUGGAAUACUCUAUCACGUCACAGGAUUGAUACAGAGAUGAUGGAUUAUAAAUACAUGUACGCUGUAUUCUAAGAAUCGACAUCAGUUUCAGUUCCAGUUACUGAUAAUGACAUUCAUAGAGGCUGCUACAGGGUUCGUGUUGGGUUUGAUAUUUAUAUGAACACAUCUCAUGCUGGACUUGAAGGAAAACAUUCAUAUAUGGAAUCGACAUCAGUUUCAGUCCCAGUUACUGAUAAUGACAUUCAGAGUGUUAUACAUUCAUCAGUGUGGAUUAUAUUUGUGUAAUACUGAUAUGUAAGGGGUGAUGCUUACAGUGUAGUUAUUUAACUCAAACUACAAACUGAUAGGAGACUUAAUUCUGGAUUCUGACUCCAAAUGGUUGUCUGAAAAAUUGUCAUUGAUGUUACAGCUACCGUUGUAGAAUAUUUUUAUAUUUUAAUUACAAUAAUAAAAUCCAUGAUAUGCUGUGCCAUGAUAUGAAACAGUUCAAUAACUUUGUGUAAAUCAUAAUAUCCAAGCUUUAGCUACAUUUAUAUUGGUAUGUGUGUUGAUAAUUAAAAUGUCACCCACUGUU